AUGGCCAAGGAGCAUGCCUUCCAGACUCGGGCGCUCAAUUACUGUGUCUUCACUACGGCGGUCGUCGUCAUAUGCGCUGCCGCUAACUACCCCAUCUUGCGGUGGAUAUUCACCAUCCACACGAAGUACUGCGUCACGCAUGCAUGCGAACGGUUCACACGGGACAUUCGCACAUCGAUGAACAGGAAGCAGCCACCAUGCCAAGACUUUUACCAGUUCACUUGCGGAAAAUGGCAAAACACUCAUCCCGGAUUCCCCAAUCAAACGGAGUACACCUACAACAAGGUCGUGGCGGAGGUAGCGAGAAAUUUGAAACGCAUCGACAUUCCACCCAGCAACCAGACAGCGGCGCAAAAGGCGGCCGCUGCGUUCCGGUCGUGCCUGAACAUGGUAAACGGCGAAGCGAUAAACAGCGAAGAGCUCGUGAAUUUCAUCGGGAGUCUUGACAUCACGUGGCCAUCAGGCGGCACCAUGGGGCAGCUCAAAGCGCUCGACGUGCUGGUGAAGUUGUCCUUGUCCCUGGACAUGCACUUGCUUUUCACCGUGGAUAUGUACGUGGACUACAGCGAGACGUACAGCUUGCGAGUAUCCGUGCCAAGUCACAUGCUGUACGCCAAUUCGCACAAUUACACGACCGCAGAAAGGAAGAAAGAAGCGCUCAGCCUGUUAUUUGGCAACGAAAACUUCGAGGCGAUGCUCGCGGUACUGACCAAAUUUCACAAUGACCUAAACAAAAUGGUUGUACCCGUUGCUGCGGCAGCGGAACCUCUUUAUCUUAAGUACUUCCCAACAUCGUGGAAGUUCGGAGGCUUAGGAACCGCCAUUGCAGAACAAAUGUUUCAUGCCUUUGACGUAACUGGAAAGGACUUCGACGGCUUUGGCGGUCCUCUAGACUGGUGGUCCAACAAUACGCGUCUUGCGAACAACAAGAGAUCGCUGUGCUACCUUAAAGAUUUCGUCCAGUGGUCAGAGGGCGCACCUGGACUGUCUACGGUAGACCAGUACCGCGCCCUGCUUGCCUCCAUCGAAGGCAUUCGCCAGGCGUUUCGAGCGUAUGCCCUGAAGAAAGACACCAACCGAAAGCAUUUGCGUACCAUAGACUUUCUGGCACCCCCACAGAUCUUCUAUUUGAGCUACUGCUUUCGAUGGUGCUCCAGAGAUGAGCCCCGGAAUGCUAUGAACGCGCACAUGUGCAACUUCCCACUAGCCUACAGCAAGCAGUUCACCGACGUCUACGGCUGCCAAAAAGGCGAUCGCAUGUACUUCCGGCGGAAAUGCAAUUAA